AUGGCGGCGGCUGGAGGCAGGGCGGCAGAGUGUGCGGCCAUGGCGGGAGCUGGGCUUUCUGUGGCGCUGCUGGCUGCGGCCCUGAUGUUCGCCGGCGCCGUGCUGGCCGGCGAGCGCCGCUCGUCGCUCGUGGGGGGCCCCGUGGACAUCCCCGACAACGACGAGGGCCUGCGGCGGGCCCUGCAGUUCGCCAUGGCGGAGUACAACAAGGCUAGCAACGACAUGUACUCCAGCCGGGUGGUGCGGAUCAUCAGCGCCCAGAGGCAGAUUGUGGCUGGAAUGAAGUACAUAAUGAAAGUUGAGAUCGGCCGGACAACUUGCCCAAAGCCAGCAACCAAUCUCCAGAGCUGUGCUUUCCAUGAUGCGCCGCAGAUGGCUAAGCACACUGUUUGCAACUUUGUAGUGUACACUGUUCCUUGGCUAAAUGAAAUUAAACUACUGGACAGUAGCUGCCAAUAAGCCUACCUUGGUUCCAGCAGAGACCAGCAACCAGUUGCUCAGAUUAAAAGGAAAAAAAAAAAAGCAAUAACACAAAUUGAUGGGCUUUAUCAAUGCCUGUUAACUCAGCUACUUAUGUUUGCUUGUGCUAUGCAAUUUAAACUAUGUAACUUUCCUUUAAAGCACAGUAUGAUCUCAACUUUGUUUUUCUUUGUAAUUACAUUUUAGAGCAGCUGUUUUGGUCUUCCUACAGCUUUCCCAAUGAAGUAACUUCAACAUCAGAAUUCUGAUAAAAAAAACUUGGUACCCCUGUUAAGUGACUAUUGUAAACAUAAAAACUUACUGAAUAA